AUGCUCGCCCGGCGGGGCUGGCACCUGCCCGCAGGUGGCACCGGCCACGGCCGCACACCCGGGGAAUCCCCGGGCACCGCCGGCCUCCCGCCGGCACCGGGGCCUCCCCGGCCGCAGGAGACCCCGCUGUGGGAGAGCCGCCCGAGCCUCCCCGUCCCCGGGGACACCCACACAGCGCGCCGUGCCCUCCGCGGGACCCCGGCCCGGCUCUGCCCGCCUGCCAGCCCCGUCCCCCCGCUGCCGCCACACCGCUCCGGGCCCCCCCCCGACACCGCCGCCGGGGGGUCCCGCACCGCCGCCAUCUCCCGGCCCGGGCCCCCCUCCUCCGCCGCCCCCCGGCCCCUCCCGGGGCUCCCGCGGCCCCCGGGGGCGGCGGCUCCGCCGGGGCCGCGCUCCCCCCCCGGCCCCUCAGCGCCCCCCGCCCGCCGCCCCUGGCGCUCACCGCGGCUCCGCGCGCCCCUGGCCGCGCCGCGCCCGGCCGAAGGGAGGGCGGGCGGGGGUCGCGGCCCCCCGGCAGCGCCGCACGCCCGGCGCAGGCAGCCCCCGUCCCUGACCUACUUUCCGCCUGGCUUGCCACCCGACGGCGCACCACUAACCUACUUUCCAGCCAAUGGCACCCUCCCCCGGCCCCGCACCGGACGCGCCAGCCCGCCAACGGGAGCGCGGCUCCGCGCCCGCCUCGCCCAAUGGGCGCCCGCCGAGCGGGCAACGCCCGCCCCCCCGAGCGCCGGCGAAUCCCCGCGCGGCCCCGCGGCGCCGGCCAAUCGGGAGCGCGGCUGCGGGGCCCGGGCCCGCCCCCCGCCCGGGGGCGGGGCUGAGGGGCGGCGAGGGGGCGCCGCCGGGACCCGGAUGUGGCGGCGGGGUCGGCGAGGGUUCGAGGCGGGUGUGCCCGGGGUGGAGGCGAGGGCUCGGCCUCGCCCUCAGCCUCGCCCUCAGCCUCGCCCGCGCUUGCCGCGCCGCCGCCCCGCCCGCUCCCCGCCCCGCUGCCGGGGCUCGCCCGAACCUCUGCGUCACCGCCGCGUGACGUCAGCCGCGGCCGUGACGUCACGCGGCGAGGUGUGA